AUCCAUCUCAACUUGUUGCUAUAGACACCCGCCUCUCUCUACGUUGCUAUCACAUGACCUAAAUAGCCAAAUGAACAUCCAAUAAUUCUACUUCCGUUCUGUCUUUAUUUCGGAAGUAUCUCAGCUUCGCCACUUCCACCCUACCCCCAAUAUUCCAGUAAAGAUUAUUUAUUCCAUACAAACUCCGUGUUCCGUGAAAUAUCUUGACGUCCAUCUGCAGUAGUUACAACGUUUCGAAACCUACCAGUUACUGUCAUGGUGUGGACUGGUCCAGAACGUGCUUUUGCGGUUGAAACGUAUAUUAAGAAUGGGGAAUCUGUGAUUACGACCCAGAGAGCUUUUCGUAUUCAUUUCGGACUCAAUCGAAAUGAUGCUGUUCCAGGCCGAAAAUCGAUAUUGUUAUGGACUGAAAGGUUCAGGACUACAGGUUCAGCGCUUAAAAAAAAUCCACCUGGAAGACCUCGGAGCAUUCGAACUCCAGAAAAUGUCCAAGCCGUGAGACAAUAUAUUUUGCAAUCACCUAACCGUUCAGCUCGGAAACAUGCCUCUGCUCUAGGGUUGUCGGAUCGAACACUCAGGAGAAUUUUACACUCCGAUCUCAACUUCGAACCGCAGAAAAUGGUUAUUAAGGAACUUCAUAAAUAUGACUCGCCGAGUGAGGGAACUGCAUCGCCGAAUAAUGUAACUAACUCGCCGAGUAAUGUAACUGACUCGCCGAAUAAUGUAACUGACUCGUCGAAUAAUGUAACUUACUCGUCGAAUAAUGUAACUGACUCGCCGAGUAAUGUAACUGACUCGCCGAGUAAUGAAAUCGACUCACGGAGUGAUGAAAAACUUAAGAAACCAACUACAACAGUUUAUAUCGAUUAGAGACCACCAUUUGGAGAAUAUCAUUUUCAAAACCAAUGUGAAACGAACUGUAUUCCUUCAGAAAUAACAGGCAACGUUGAUAUAAAAGAAUGUUUACCUGAGGUGUAUCCCCAAACCUUUUAUCAUUUAAAGACUAAACGAAGACAUUAUGCACAACAUACAACUCUGUUUAUAUAAAUCUGUGGUAGAAUUAUCAUGAAGAAUUUCCUCUUGAACUGAGAUUAUUUGCGACUUUGCUGUCUGGAACAACUACAAGACUUGUUUUACAUUUCAAUCCAAGUUGAAGUUUACAAUAGAAAUGGUAGGAAUGAAAUAUAAAAGUGAAGAUAAGAAAAAUGUCAGUAUUUUGUAGUGAGGGAAGAACUAUUAUGGUUAAUAUAUUGUAUGAGAAGAAAAUUAAUUGUAUAACAGUCUAAAAAGAUUGAUUUUUACUGAUGGCAUAAAGAAAGAGAUACCUGCUGUGAAAUAUCUGUAAAAUGUCAUCAUCUGACGGUGAUACAAGAAAUAUUGACAAAUAUAUUCAUAAAGAAGUGAAUGCAUAUCAGUGUGAUAUCUGUGGUAAAUCAUUCUCUGUAAGUAGUCGUUUAACCACUCACAAACGUAGUCACACAGGAGAGAAGCCAUACCACUGUGGUAUCUGUGGUAAAUCAUUCUCUCAGAGUAGUGCUUUAAGUACGCACAAACGCAUUCAUACGGGGGAAAAGCCACACCAUUGUAGUGUCUGUGGUAAGUCAUUCAGACUGAAACAUUCCCUGACUAUUCACGAACGUAUUCAUUCAGGAGAGAAACCAUAUCACUGUGAUAUUUGUGGCCAGUCAUUCGCUGUAAGUGACCACUUAACGAAACACAGACGUAUUCAUACUGGAGAGAAACCAUAUGACUGUGAUAUCUGUGGAAAACUGUUCUCUGGAAGUAGUGAUUUAACUACUCACAAACGUACUCAUACAGGAGAGAGUCCAUUUCAUUGUGAUUUCUGUGGUAAAUCUUUCUCUAGAAAUCCUGACUUAACUAUUCACAAACGUACUCAUACAGGAGAGAAGCCAUAUCACUGUGAUACCUGUGGUAAAAUGUUCUCUAGUGGUAGUAGCUUCACUAGACACAAACGUAUUCACACAGGAGAGAAGCCAUAUCUCUGUAAUAUCUGUGGUAAAUCAUUUGCUGUAGGUAGUGACUUAAUUACUCACAAGCGUACUCAUACAGGAGAGACACCUUAUCACUGUGAUAUCUGUGGCAAAUCAUUCUCUAGGAGUAAUAUGUUAACAACUCACAAACAUAUUCAUAAAGGCGAGAAGGCCAUUCCACUUUGAUAUUUAUGUCAAACUUGUUUUCUGACUGACAUUACUUCAGAUGAUAAAUAUAUUCAUAGAAAGGAAAAAAGAUAACAGAUAUCUGUGAUAAAAUCUCUGAGAAAGUAACAACUCCUGUAUCUGUUGAUACCAAACUAUAGCAGUAGUACUGUCAAAAGUCAUUCAUCAUCUUAUAAAGAUAUUCACACAUGAUAGAAGAUAUAACAAUGUGAUAACAACUCUUUUUUUUUUUUAUAACCAUAACUACAUCUAUAUUGGUGAGAUAACUUACCAUUGUCAUAAUCUUAAUAAAAGUAGAUAUAUUCUAUCUGACCUUGUCUCCAGAAAGGAGAAAAAGAUACAGUUGAUGUAUUUGACAUUGUGGGUAAACAACGGAGGCAUGUAUUAAAUCAGGGAUAACAACAACGCAUCUUUUUCUUUAAAUAAAAUAUUUCAUUAUAACACAAUA